AUGGUGCAAAUUGAUGCAGUGCCAUGGCCUGAAGAGAGCUUAGAGGUAAUAUAUGAGUGGGUGGAGGACUGGGACCAGACUUGGGCUGGCAUCUACUUGUGGUGGAAGUAUGUUGAUGAGAACAAGAUCUCCAUCCUGAAGGUGCAUGACACCAACCUACACAACAUGACCAAAGAAUCUGUGAUACAGCAGAACAAGGUGAUCCCAACAGCUAUAGCAAUAGCAGAUCUUCAGUGGCCAGAAGGGCAGUGUAGAUUCAACAUCAAUGACCUUUUUGGGGACUACCAGGAGUGGGUAGAGGAGAGAGCAUGGUUGGAGGCUGAGAGGUUGGCCAAGGCACCAUCCAUGGGCACCCAGGGCCAAGCAGAAAGAGGUGAGGGUCAAGACUGUGCACCAGAUGACACUGAAGGAUGCCUGUCAAGAGGAGCUGCAUGUUUGAUUGGGGGGGGCUCUGGUAGUGUGAGCAAGGGAAAAGGGAAACAGAAGGCCACCAGUGAGGAGGACAAGCUGGCUGAUGAUGUUGACAAUGAUGAGGGUGAUGGUGAAGGCAAAGCCCCUGUCAAUGAACCCCCCCUGACACUCCCUUUCAAUGAACUGCAAAUCAGGUUUGAGCCAUUUUCUGCAACUGCGACUGGCUUGCUAAAUGAACCAGGAGGUGUUGAAGAGGCAGUCCAGAGUGCCACUCCAUUGGUCACCAAAAUUCUGGAGGUCGAAAACCCACAUGAGUGGUUAACAGCAAGCUUUGUCAAACAUCUGCAAGUGCUCGAGGUGAGAGCUGAGGGUGAGGAAUUCGAGCUGGAGCAGGUCUACCAGCUGCUGGAGAUGUUGGCAAGGCAGGUAACACAUCAGAUUGAGACUGCAUGGGCUAGAUGGGAGGAGUUGUGA